AUGCAGGAAAGCAUUGGCUACGCGCUCAUGUGUACGGUGGGGGGAGGGGGGACCCCAAACAUCCCGUCUUUGUCCAUUGUUGACCACGCGAAAUUCCCCUUGCUUGAAGUGGCUGCCUCCCAUGAGCCCACCAAAUCCACCACAUCCACCUUGGGUGAUGUCUCGCCAUGGCUCAUCUGA